UGAGGCCCCUUCGGCCACCAUCCAUCGCCGCACCGUCCCUAACGCCCUGCCUCCCGCCAGAUCGAAACCGGAGUCCGAUGGCGGCGCCGGCGAGCCACCGCCACCGCCGCAGCUGGUGGCCGCUGCUGUUCGUCGCGAUACUCGCCGUCCACUCUCUGGCUGUCUACUUCUUCACCCGCGGCUUUCUCCUCACCCGUACCGAGCUCGACCUCCACAGCCGCCGCGACGACCGCCCGCAGGACGUCUCCCCCGGGUGCGCCUCCUGGCCCCCACCUGCGGUCGACCGCCUCGUCGUCGUCGUCCUCGACGCGCUCAGGUUCGAUUUCGUGGCCCCGAGUACCUUCUUUCAAGAGAAGCAGCCGUGGAUGGACAAGCUUCAGGUCUUGCAGCAGCUGGCUGCCGAUGAAAAGACCUCUGCAAGGAUCUUCAAAGCACUCGCUGAUCCACCAACCACUAGUCUUCAGCGCCUUAAGGCUCUCACCACGGGUGGUCUCCCUACCUUUAUUGAUGUCGGCAAUAGCUUUGGUGCUCCUGCAAUUGUGGAAGAUAAUAUAAUGUAUCAGUUGGUUAAAAAUGGAAAGAGAGUAGUCAUGAUGGGGGACGAUACAUGGAUACAGUUGUACCCUGAACACUUCAACAAGUCAUUCCCGUACCCUUCUUUUAAUGUUAAAGAUCUUGACACAGUAGAUAAUGGUGUAAUUGAGCACUUGCUUCCAUCUUUGCAUAAAAAUGAUUGGGAUGUUCUUAUUGCACAUUUUCUUGGUGUGGACCAUGCAGGGCAUAUUUUUGGUGUUGACUCAAACCCAAUGAUCCAGAAGUUGGAGCAAUACAAUCAGAUCCUGGAGGGUGUUAUUGCCACGUUGAGAAGUCUAUCCAAACUUGGUGGCCCCCAUGAGAAUACUUUACUUUUAGUAAUGGGCGAUCAUGGUCAAACCCUAAAUGGUGACCAUGGAGGGGGAACUGCAGAAGAGGUUGAAACAUCGCUAUUUGCAUGGAGUCCAAAGACCCCACCAGAUGCAGUCUUAUCUGUUCUUGGUGAAAGUUCAUGCAGGGUAGAUCUGAAUGGGAAAGAGGUGUGCGUCGGCACUAUGGAGCAGCUUGAUUUUGCAGCAACUAUAUCAGCACUUCUUGGUAUACCCUUUCCCUUUGGAAGCAUUGGACGUGUAAACCCAGACUUGUAUGCCCUGAGUGCCGGGACUUGGGAUAGUCAAAGGAUGGGCACCGAUGCUUGUAUAUCGCAGAAUGAUGUAGAAACAUGGAUGAGGAGAUACGCUGAAGUUCUCUGUGUAAACUGUUGGCAGGUAAAGAGAUACAUCGAACAAUAUUCUGCUACUUCUGUUAUUGGAUUUCCAUCAGAAGACCUGCAACAUAUCGCGGACCUGUACUCAAAAGCUCAGGCGAACUGGUCAGCUUCUCUGAGGAUUACUUGUUCUUCAGAGACAGGAAGUCAAGAAGAAUUGAGGGAGGGAAAAAGUUCAGUUCUGCAGUGGCAAAUUGAUGCAUACACAAACUUCUUGCAGAGCUUUGCAAAGCUUGCUCGCUCUGCUUGGACAGAGUUUGAUUUAUGGUUGAUGGGCAUUGGUCUUUUACUUAUGAUACUGUCAGUUAUCACUCAGGCAUGUGCGCUUGUAAAGCUGAACACCAUAUGCCAACCCUCAGAUCAGGAGCACGCCCAUUCAAGGGUCAUUCCAAAAUUUUUCUUUGCUUUUAGUUUGGUUGCAAUUCGAGCAGCUAGUUUCUUAUCGAACAGCUAUAUAUUGGCAGAGGGCAGGGUUGCAAACUUUCUUUUGGCCACGAGUUGCAUUGCCAGAGCGUGGUACUCAACCACGAAAGGGAAAUUCAGCAUAGAAACUUUUGUUUUUCUUCUUCUAAAUAUUUUCACACGGUUCGGAAUUGAGGUUGGGAUGUCAAAACAGUUGGCCGGGCCAACAAUUUCAAAGGACCACCCUGUGAGCAUUAUCUGUAGAAUUUUUGGUGUCAGUUCCUGCAACAUCCUCUUGGAGCUAUUCCCCAUCAUAUCUCUAGCCUUAGUGGCUUACAUUAUAUUAAAGUGCAUAUCCUAUGCAAUCUGUCAGAGGUUCUUGAAGUACUUUGUUUUGUCUGGAACGAUCUUGAGUUACAUAUUGAUAGCAUAUCAUUGGGCUUCAGGAAGUACUUUGUUUUCUCAUAUUGGAACUAUUCAAGAGUUUGGAAGAAGUUUAGCUCCUCGCUUUGUUUAUGCUAUUGGAGGUCUAUCACUAGCUAUUUCUGCACUUUAUCGGAUGUUUGACCGAACUGAUUAUUUGAAGAUGAACACAAGGAUAACUAAUUUAUCAGCUGCCAUGCUAUGUUCUUGGAGCCCAACUAUCUUGAUCUUGUUGGGAAAGCAAGGCCCGUUUGUGGCAUUAAUUUGCAUGACAGGAGCUUGGUGCAUCACAAAGCUACAACAGAAACAUCAGAGAGAGUCGAAACUUGACAUUCCUAUACUCUGUGUUGCUGACCCUGUUUCGGUGAUUCAGUGGAGCCUUCUUGCAGUUUGUCUAUUUUAUCUGACAGGCCACUGGUGUACAUUCGAUGGUCUCCGAUAUGGUGCAGCUUUCAUCGGUUUUGAUCAUUUCCAUAUCAUUCGACAAGGCCUUCUGCUUUCCAUUGACACCUUUGGUGUUUCUCACAUCCUGCCAAUUCUUAGCCUUCCAUUUAUUGCCAUGGUGUGGUGCAAUACUGCAUCCAAGGAUAACAAGGUGAAGAAUGGCAUUAUCAACAGUCUAACACAGGUGCUUUUGAUGUAUGGUUUAAUAACAUCAAUUACUGCAACACUGACAAUCAUAUGUGUCACUAUUCAAAGGCGUCACUUGAUGGUUUGGGGUUUGUUUGCCCCAAAAUAUGUAUUCGAUGCGAUUGGACUUCUCCUAACGGACCUAUUAAUUUGUUUGGCAUCUCUCUACUAUAGCUGAUGUUGCUUUUGCUUCUCGAGAAGAUAGCAAUGGCAAGAGCGUGCCAUCAUUGUAGUGCUUCUUUUUAGAUGGAAUAAGACUUAUGUUAGCCCGAUGGUGCUGCUAAAUUUUGGGCAAUCAGAUCCUGAACACAAACUGAUAGACUGACCAGCAAAGGUUCAAGCUUCCGCAGGACGCACACCCAAGCGCAUGCGCGCCACCUCGUUACAUUCUCUAGGAUUGAACUGAACACGAGUACUAAUAAAAUUCAAAUGCAGCAAAUUCUAUAGAUAACAGAUUAGACCUCCAGUCGGAGAACCAUCAAUGUAGUACUGAGUUAUCUUUUGUGGCAAAAUUCAAAACCAUCCUCAAAACUGGCAUUGAGGGGGUUAUUUACAUGGGUUCGAUAUGUGUUCCCCUACGUUUUUGUUGAGCUUGUAAAUGGAUUGAUUUCUACGUUAUUGUCGC